GAAAGGCGAGUGAGAAUGGUGCAUCCAUACGUUCCCAGAGAUCUACAACUGCCUGGUUAUGUGCCCGUCUCCCUCUCCCAGUCCACCAUUGCCGGCGUCUAUGUCCUCUCUUCUCUGCUCGUCGUUUCGCUUAUAUGGUUGCUUUCUGGGAGGUCUCGCAACUUAUCUAAACUUGAUAGGUUGCUCAUGUGCUGGUGGGCUUUCACGGGACUUACACACGUGAUUCUUGAAGGUUAUUUCGUAUUCUCUCCCGAAUUCUACAAAGAAAAGACUGGAUUUUAUCUAGCUGAAGUUUGGAAAGAAUACAGCAAAGGUGACUCAAGAUAUGCAGGAAGGGAUUCAGCAAUUGUUGCUGUUGAAGGAAUAACAUCAGUUCUGGAAGGUCCACCUUGCCUCCUAGCAGUGUAUGCUAUUGCCAAAGGAAAGGGAUACAGCUACAUACUUCAGUUUGCCAUCUCCCUGGGGCAGCUCUAUGGAACUUUUGUAUAUUUCAUAACAGCUAUCUUGGAGGGCGAUAACUUUUCUGCAAGCCCCUUUUAUUACUAUGCAUACUAUAUUUUGGCAAAUUCCUUCUGGAUUCUGAUACCCUCACUCAUUGCGAUCCGGUGUUGGAGGAAAAUUUCGUUUGCAGUGCAGAGCCAAAGGCAGAAAAAGAAGGUUAGGUGAGGUAGACUGCACAACAUGUUGCAGAGCAUAAGAUUUCUUUCUUGAACAAUUGUCUUAGUUUGUGCACUUGUGUGGCCAAUCUUGAAAUAAUUUGAGCAUUCCAGUUAAAGAUAAUGACAUUUUCGGUUUCCC